AUGGUUUCUAGAUCAUCACAGGUUCCAGGGAUGGAGAAACAGCGACCAUCACGACCUCUUAUGGCUCUCUGGGAGACCCGGAUGUGGAAAUCAGCUACAAUCUGUUAUUUCUUCUUCAAGGACAACGAGGAGCAAAACGCCACAGCCACGGCAAUCUGCGCGAUCCUCCAUCAGCUAUUCUGCGCUAAGGAAGGCCUCUUCCAGAAAUACGCCUUAAAACAAAUCAUACAACAUGGGGAUAAUUUAAAAGUUGAUUUCGAAACCUUAUGGCAGGUCUGGAUAUCUGCUGCCUACGAUCCUUCUACCGGAGACGUGAUCUGCAUUCUCGACGCACUCGAUGAAUGUCGCCAGCCGGACCGCAACAGGCUUAUUCAGGAGCUAGAAAGAUUCUACACGACCUAUCGAGAAAAAGUGGACGGAAGAUCAAAAUUGAAAUUCCUCAUUACGAGCCGCCCGUAUGGAGACAUUAAGCGCGGAUUUGGCAAUAUGAUCUACGAGCAUCCAACCACUCAGCUAGCAGCAGAUGAUGAAUCAAAAAUUAUCAGCCACGAGAUACGCAUGGUGAUGGAUGCAACAGUCGACAAAAUUGUGAAGGCGAGGCGUCUCACUAACGAUAUUGGCAUAGCUUUGAAACGCCGCUUGUCUGAAGUUCCUAGCACAACUUAUCUCUGGCUGCAUCUUGUGUUGGAUGAGAUUCAGAGGUAUCAUGGUGGGACUGAGAAAAAGUUGCUUCGAAAGAUCAAUGAACUACCCGAAACUGUCGAGGAUGCUUACGAGAAGAUCCUAGAAAGGUGCAACAAAGGUACCAGACAUGAUGCAAAACGGCUUCUGGAGAUAAUUGUUGCCGCACAGCGGCCUUUGACACUUUCCGAGAUUGAUGUCGUCUUGGAGAUUAAAACCGAUCCUGACUCAAGGUCAUGCGACGAUUUGGAUCUCGAAGGCGCCAAUAGAGAACAGUGGAUACUCGACACAUGCAGCUUGUUCGUCAGUAUAAUUGACUCGCGCAUUUAUCUCAUACACCAGACGGCGAGGGAGUUUUUACUCCGGAAGUGGAAUGAAAGAGCCGCAACAAAAGGAUGGAGAUAUUCUAUUGAUCUGCAGAAUGCCCACCUGGCCCUUUCUAAGCUAUGUCUUGUGUAUCUCCAUUUCAAGGAUUUCCAACGAGACUAUCAAGAAAUAACUCUGGACUUGGUACCGGAGGAGGCGUUUCUGCGCUAUUCUGCAAACCAUUGGAUCUAUCACUUGCAGCAGGCCGAUACGAUAGAAUGGCAAUGGGUUAACAGGGCCGCCAAACUGUGUGAUGCAGAGCAUAAGUCAAAAUCAGUCAUCUUUCUUCUGGGCGGCAACUUGGGGAUUGUUACGGGUUCUAGAGCUGCUCCUCCGCGAAUCUAA